AUGCGUAAGAAUGGGAAAGAAGAUGAUGAUGAUGAAUUGUUUGAAAUAUCAAAGAAGCAAUAGAGGAAGAAAUCAACCAAUAGAAAAAGGUCGUCUCGUCGUUUGAAGAAAGCUGAUGAUGAAGAUGAUGAUGAUUACACGCCUUAAGCAUAAAAAGAAUCCUCUUCUUCUGAACUUCAACCUAGUUCUGAAGAUGAGAAACAGAACAAAAAAAGGCAAUCCCAUACUAAUGUGAAAUCAAAGGGAACCAGAUAAAAGAAACAACCCAAAAAAACAGAAUAAUAACCAUAAUAGUAACAACAAGAAUCUUGUUAAGAAGAGUAACAACAUAACAAAGGAGAUGAAGAAUUUUAUAAAUUAGCUGAAUAAACCUUGCCCAUUUUCAUGCAACCUGAACACAUUCGAGAUUCAGAAGGGAGACGACCAGAUGAACCAGAUUACAAUCCUUCCACAAUUGACAUCCCAAAUGAUCAAUAUCAAAAGUUACCACCAAUGUUCAGGUAGUAUUGGAAUGCUAAGAAAAACCAUUUAGAUUCUAUGAUAUUCUUUCGAUGUGGUAGAUGGAUAGCUGUAAUGUACAACGAUGCCAUUAUUGUUGCUAAAAUGUUCAAUCGAUACUUGGGAUUCUGGGGAAAGGAUAGACCCUGUGUAACAGUCUAUGAUAAUCAAUUGCCCAUAUAUUAAAGAGCAUUGUUGGAGAAAGGACACAAAAUAAUAAUGAUUGAAUAAUUGGAAAAAGCAGAUGUGGCUAACAAAGAGGAUGGUGAAGUUGUGAGAAGAGAAAUUACCUAAAUGAUAAGUAGAGGCACUCUAUAAGACUUGGGGGAUGCAGAAACAUAUGAAUAAAGGAAUCUAUUAGUAUUGGUUUGCUCAAAAGCACCUGUCAAUUUAAAAGGACAUACAUAUAUUUAUGGGGUUUCUAUUGUUGAUUGUACGACCAAUCUUUUUACAUUUGAUCAAUUCUUCGAUGAUGCUUAAUCCAAUCAUCUUAGAUCUAUUAUUUAUAAUACUAAACCUGUAGAAGUCAUACUGUGUAAGACACCACCUGAAAUCGAAAAGAUUUUCAAAAAUAUAUGUAAUCCUACUAUCAUUAUUUACAAAAAAUCAUUCAAAGAUUGUGAAUUCAUAUUCCAAUAAUUUAAAAUUGAAUAUAUGGAAGUGGUUAAAGGUAAAAAUGAUUAAAAUUAAAAACUAUUUGAUGGAAUUGUAAUUCCUAGUCGAAAAGAGUAAUCUGAACAAAAAAUAGAUAUUGAUAUCAAUUAAGGAUUGUAUUCAGAUUCAAAACAAGAGAUAAGAGAAGAAAAAUGUGUUGAGAAUUAUUAAUUGAGUUAGGAUUAUCCUAAUAUACUAAUAGAAUUGGAGAAACAAUUUUAUCAUGAAAAAAAGUAAUAAGAUAAAGAGGAUGAUGAAUCUAGCUUUUAUUCUUAUUAUUAUUCAACAUAAUCUUUGUAUCUCUUACUGUGUUACUUGAGAUAACUACUAAUUAGCGAUUCAGUUUACAGAAGAGGUAAAUUCAAUUUUCUUGAUUCCAAUUUCACUCAUAACACUCAUCUUUAUUUAGAUUCCUAAGCCUUAGAAAGCUUGGAAAUAUUUAAUGUGAAUCUACAAACUAAAAUCACUACUGCAGGUAGUUUGUUUGAUUAUUUGAAUCGAUGUGCUACUGCUCCUGCUAAGAGACUACUUACUAAAUGGGUUUAGAGUCCAUUAUAGAACUACAAACUAAUUAUAGAGAGAUAGGAAUGUGUACAAGAAUUAACUAAUUUAAUACCUAAAUGUGCAGAAUUUCAAAGAAGAAUCAAAUCAUUACCUGAUAUAGAACGUGCCAUCAUUAAGUGUUUUAAUACUAUUCAUUCUCACAAAUUAAAGGCUGUCCCCAUUACUGGAGGUGAGAGUAUUGGGAAAACUAAAUUGAAGGAAAUUAAGAAUGUUUUGAGUCAUAUUAGAUAGGCUGCUGAGGCAUUUAAGAUCUUUGAUUAAGAUAUAAAAUAACUUAAAUCUAAAAAAUUGAAGGAAAUCCUAAAUUAUAGAUAAAAUGCUAAGAUUUUGAAAGACUCACUUGAUGAAUUGGAAAAGUGUAUGACUAUGGAUGAUAAUGAACCAAAACCUGUUAAGGGAGUAAGUCCAGAAUAUGAUCAGACAUUAGAUAGGUUAAAUGAAAUCACUGAUUCCCUUCAAGAUGAACUUGAAAAGUGGAAGAAGAAAUUGAAAUGUCCUGAAAUUGUUUACACUCAUGCAAGAAUGAAAUAUUAAUUAGAAAUACCUGAGAAAUAUUUGGAAGGCAAUUAAAAACCAAAAGAAUUAAUUAUCACUUCCAAAAGAUAAGGAUUUCAAAGAUUUUAGACUACAUUCAUAGAAGAAUAAUUAUAUAAGUUAAGAAAGGUAGAAGAUGAAUUAUCUUAAAAACUACUCCCCUUUAUCAAUGAAUACUUCACUAAAUUUUAUUCACAUAGAAAAGAAUUCUUUUAAUUGAUCUCCUAUCUCUCAGAAGCUGACUGUCUAAUUUCUUUGGCUCUGGUGUCGAAUGAAUAAAAAGUAUCUUGUUUUCCAUAAAUUAUUCAAGACGAAAGUGCAAAGAGGUGUGAAUUGAUUGAAGCGUAUCAUCCUUGUUUAUUAUAAAAUAAAGAUGUUGAAUGGGUGCCAAACACAAUCAAAUUUACUGGCUCUAUUGAUACUCUUUUACUUACAGGACCGAACAUGAGUGGCAAAUCCACCUUAUUAAGAUUGAUUGGUGUCUCUAUUAUUUUAGCCCAAAUUGGAUGUGCUGUACCAGCCUAAUCUUUUACUUUGACUCCUUUUGAUAGGAUCUUUUGUAGACUUGGAGCCACUGAUAGAUUACUAGAAGGAAAGUCAACCUUCUUUAUUGAACUUGAAGAAACUAAAACUAUACUAGAUAACUGCACUUCACGAAGUUUAGUCAUCAUAGAUGAAUUAGGUAGAGGAACUUCAACUUAUGAUGGAGUAGCUCUGGCAUCUGCUGUCCUUAGAUUCCUAUCAGAUAAAACUAAACCUAUGACUUUGUUUGCUACACAUUAUCAUAUCUUAUUAGAUGAAUUUGCAUUGUUUAAGAAUAUUUCAUAAUGUGUUAUGAAGCAUUAUUAAGAGAAGGAUUAAGUUGUUUUUAAAUACAAAUUAAUUGAAGGAGUAGCAGAAAAAAGUUUUGCCACCAAUGUAGCAUAAAUAGCUGGUGUCCCUAAAGAGGUUAUUAAAAAAGCUAAACAGAUGGAAGCCAAGAUCACCAAAGAGGAAUCCAAGAUUAAUAAGAAUAGAGAGAUUCUUAAAAAGUUUAAUCAAAUAAUAAAAUAACUAUUAUGA